AGAUGGCAACAGCGGUGAUUUGCUAAUUUCCACUGGUUUGUUUAUGCUUCCUAUGACAUUCUUUUAUUUCCAAUCUUUCAAGAUUUCUGUUUGUAUUGAAAUUAGUAGAAAUGGAUCUUCGAAAAAUGAAAAAUGACGAUAAGCUGAAAUUAUGUCGAGGGUAUUAUAUUGGUGGAUAUUUUAUGCUUCCCUUUUUGUGGUUUGUUAAUUUUGUAUGGUUCUUUGGUGAAGCAUUUCGUAAACCUGCAUUUGAAGAACAGAAACAAAUAAGAACAUAUGUUUUACGAUCAGGAAUAGGCGCAUUAGUUUGGGCUGCUGCAUUACUUGCUUGGAUUGUAGUUUUUCAAGUCAAUAGAGCAGAUUGGGGUGAAACAGCUGAUAAAAUAUCUUUUAUUAUUCCAACUGGAAUACCUUGAUAUCUUUAAGACUUUAAAUUAAAUUGUAAAGUUCCUUGAAAAUAUCAUAAAUGUAUGUUUGUAAAUUUGUAUAGAUUUUAAUAUAAUUUGAAUUUUAAAUAAUUUUUGAAUUAUGAAUUGAUAUAAAAAAUUAAAAACCACAGAAAUUUAUAUAAUAAUUUUACUAUUUUGUUAAAUAACAAUACAUGAUAAAUUUAGCAGUAUUUGUAUUUAAUUAAUUUUUGCAUACAUUUAUU